UGCGUAUUUGUGUGCCUGUGUGCACUCGCUUGAGUUGAGUUUUCGCUGCUUUCGUCAGUCUGCGUUUUUCGUCUCAGCUGCUGCGCGCGUGUGUUUUGUUGUGGUUGUGUGAAUCGAAUCGCGUUGCAUUUGUAGCUACGAUAAAUUCUCGCUGCACAGAGCCCUCUCGAGUAAACAGCUAAAAGUGACUUAGGGAUGGGCAGUGCCACAGAGGCGAACGUGUUGCUGCUGCGGGCGGUGGAGAAGCAGACACCGCUGUACGAUCGUUACGACGAAAACUACAGGAAGCGCCUGCCCACCGAGAAUUCCUGGGACAUGGUGGCCUCGGAAAUCGGGGAGUCGGUGGAAAAGUGCAAGCGACGCUGGCGUCAGCUGCGAAACGAUUAUACCCGUUGGUGCAAUACGGACGCCCACCGCCGACGAAAAGGCCAGCGUCGAUUGGCCUAUCUGCUGGCCGAUGAGCUGCGCUUUUUGGAUCGCCAUCUCAACCUGGCCGAAGACAUGCCCAUCGAGGACGAACUCAGCAUAUCGUCGGACAAGGACAGGGAUAGCAACAGAGACAGCGAGAGCAGGGAUCACCUCCAGCAGCAGCCACAGGCAGCCAUAAAAAAAGUCGCCGCACCGGCAAAGAUACCAGUCAAGGAGGGAAAGCCGAGCAGUACACUUCCUAAAGACGAAUCCCACCGAAAAGUAGACAAAGCAACGGAAAACAACGCAGACAAGGCGCAAACUAAGGAAGACUCUCUUGAAAGGGAGUUGGAAGAAGCGGAGGAGCCAGAGAAAGUUACCGAACCGGAUAGUUUCCUGGAGUCGGACCAUGAAGACGAUGAGUGCGAGGAUGAGGAGCACCUAGAGCAACUGGAAGGCUUCGACUUUGACCUGGAACAAUCAAUCCAGGAAAAGGAUUCAUUGCCCGAAAAGUCUGUUGAAACGACAAAUACUGACUCAACCGCCAGCCAGUCGGAGUUCUUUAUCAAGCAAAGCCACGAUCCCCAUUUGCUGAUCAUUGGCAAAAAGAACUCAGCUUCCGUUGGUGAACCCGAGGACGACUCCAAUUCCGAGGAUACCCUUGAGGAGGAGGAAACCAUGGAGGAUAGUGCUGAUGAAAAUGGCGGAGCAGCUGAAAGCCGAGGCGCAGCUAGCGACACGACCUCUCCAAGUCGCCGUCUACGCCGCGCAGCACGCUCGUCCAUAAGUUUCGCGGGCAUCAAGGAAUUGCCGAUUCGAAAACCUGCCCUAGGACAGCGAAUGACUCGUUUGCAGCGCAGGAAAUCAAUGAGCUUGGCGGCCGUGCACAGCGUCAAUAGUGCCACAUCGCCGGUAAAGUUGACCCCAGUGCCCAGAUCGCAGCCGAUCAAUAAGCCUCCAUCCAGUCAGAUCCAGAUCAAAAAAGUGAACCCUCGGGAUGACAUCUUUCCACGGCCUUCGGCGCCAGCUGGAAGCCAGAGUCAGGGCCAGAGUCAGAGUCAAAACCAAACCAAAACACAACACCUGAUCUAUCCAAAAAGCGAUGCGGUGAUAGGCAUCCAACAGGUGCCCGUUCCACACAGUCUACCACAAAGAAGAUCCGUGGGCAGGCCGCCCAAGAAGAUACAAUUUAUCCAGAAGGUGAUAGAAAGACAGCCGCCGUCCGUAGGCAACAAAGUCUUGACGAUUAAAAAGCCGAAUAGUUCCCCGGUAAAUGGGGCCAGCAGCAGCGGUAAUAUUACCAAUAAAAGUACAAGCACUAGCAGCUUGAGCAGCAGCAGCGCUAGCACCAUGAACAAAGUUAGCAACACCCUCAAAACAUCUGAGAACAUAACCGUGAUGAGCUACAGUCCUAGUUCGACCAGCACGACCAGCAGCGUCAAGUCGACCAGUAGUCCCUCGGGUACAGUGGUAACUGCCUUGCCCACAACCAGCACUGCAGGAUCGUCUAUUUCUGUACCACCAUAUAUCACCCUUUUGAAGCGCGUCGAGCGGGGCACCCAAACCGACAGCCCAGACGUCUUCUCGGAUGAGCACUUCCUCGAAAUGAUCAAGCCACAAAUCCGGGAGAUGAACGCCCGCCAGAAGAUGCACUUCAAGAAGAAAGUAUUUCAAGCCCUGAUGGAGACCUUUGAUGACGCCACCGAUUUUCCGGCGGCCGGAGAACAGCAGCACUUCAAUAUAAACACUCCCUCAGGGUUCGAGCACGUUUCAGAUCCGGAACUUCGACUGGUCAGAGAGCUAGUCAGUAUGGUGAGCGCGGCUAAGGUUACUGUAAUUCGACCGCCAGGCGAGGUAGCCACUCCCCGCAGCCCUGUUGUCCCCGAUUUACUGCGAGGGCCGCGGGCUAACAUGCCACGCCACCUGAUCCAGAGGGUCUACAAGCCAGGCACUGGACUCGAGAUCGGAAGCAACAACGCAGUCGGUGUAGGGCAGGAGAAGAAGAUGUACAGAAUCCUGCAGAUGAGUGGUAAGCCGAACGGCAAUCUGAGUGCCUCCCUGGAAAAUCUGCGCAAGGAGAGCGUGGACAGUAAUGUCAGUACGGUGAAGGUGGCCAAUGCCCAGGUCGCCAGUCCCAAGGGAGCUACUGUAGUGGCUGCUGUGAGGCCGCAGGGACUAAACAACUUAUUUGGGCAGGCCAACUCAGCGCAGCCAGUCAAGGCCGGUCAGCCGGUGAAGGUGCGUGCCAUGUCCCGGAGGUAUUCCGUUUGCGGCAGCGGUAACCCAACCAAUGCCCAGCUUGCCAAUAGCAGCUCUUUAAACGCCAACUUGGAGGCGGCUUUGCUAAAGCGGAGACUAUUGGGAACUACCCAGGGAAUGGUACCACCAUCCCAGCGACCUCGCUAUUCCGCCGUGGCCGCUGGACAACUGGCCGUCGUACCGCACGGCAGUAGCUUGCUGGUGAGGAAAUCCGUGGGCAGCAUUCCCGGUGGCCAGAAGCUAGCCUCGCCCACCGGCGGAGUUUCGACGCCCCAGAAAACUCCGCAGAUUGCCAGUGUGCAAGGUGCCGCCUUUAAUGAUUUUGUCCAGCCUAAGGCUGCUGCUGCACCCUCUGUCUCCGGUGAAGGAAGCUCCCCGUCGACCGCCCUGAAGCGCAGCUUGGUGGUGGCCAAUACCAAGACCUCCUUUCAGGAUCUUCUUCAGCAACCAAGUCAGCCGUUGCCGAGGAAAAAGAAGGAAUCUUCGGAGACGGCAGCCACAAUUGCUGCGGAUGAUUUCUCACUAGCCAGCCUAAAGCGAGAGCCGGUGGAUCACAAUGACGAUCAGGACGACAUACUCGGCAUGUAAAGACAAGCCAAUAGAAAUACUUGCAGAUCGAGAAAAUAUACCAACGUAAACUUAUACCAAGAAUCUUAAAGAUUAAACAAACACAACAGAAAUCAUCGAAACAUAAAAUAUAAGAAUUGUUAACUAAAGCACUUAUAAUGUUGUCAAAAAAAUAUUUUUCCAAACAAAUAAUUUUAAGAAUUUCAGUUUCCAAAUUUGUUGCUACACAAGAUAAAAACAAAUUUUUUUUAGAUGGAAAUACAAUUUAUAAAUUCUUGACCGUUUUGUUAUAUAUUUAGUACGCAAAGAAAAUUAUAAAAAAAAUAUUUGCGAAUAUUCUUAUUGUAGCUAUAAACUUGUUUUUAAGAAAAUUCGAAUAUAAAUGUCAUUUCAUAAUUUGUAGUAAUACAUAACCAAUAAAUAUUGCCUUUACCUAAAGAAA